GAGAUAUUUAAGAAUAGAAUUCCAGUACUGUAUUGUAUAUGGACUGGAACUCCAGUACGGUACUGUUGUUGAUCGAGUUUUCCGUCCGCCUUGUAACGUCAGUGCCGAAAGUGAUUGCUCAGGAAAGUUCAAUGGUCUGGGCAACCUGUGCAGUUCUUCAAUGCGUUGCCUGUGAGCUUUCGAUUAACGGAAGCAUUAAUUUAGUGAUCCCUCCGACCUUCUUCCUUUAAUUACGGAAUCGGAGGUUGAGCUGAGGAAUGUAUCGGUGAUGCAUCUGGAGCUUAGCAGAAGACACGGGGCAGAGUUUUAGCUAUUAGGAGUUCUUUGGUUGAUCUGUUGGUUUCGGUGGAAUGGCAAUUUUGCCACGAAACUACUUUAUGGUUGAGUGAAGCGCCAUUAUUUCCCAACGAUGCGGCUUUCAUUUUAUGAUUCGAGUUGAAUAUCGUACCCGGUUCCGAGGAGUGCAGGUGAUCGGGCUCUUGUCGGACGAACUAAGAUUACAAUAAUGCAUUUCGCGUCGCAGUUGCUCUGUAGUGAUUUCAGUGGGUGUUUAUCAACACAUGAUGUCACAUGAUGAUGUGGUUGAUCAAGUUUUUACGGGGUUUAAUCAUAUAUUUUCCGAAGUACUUUGAUUGCAGUACUUCAAGUUCGAGCGUUCGAGACGUUGACCGGUAUGUGUAUGUGGAAUGCAUUUCAUUCUAUGAAUUCCUGAGACGAAAUACAUGAACGAACCAUCGGAAUGGAAUCAGCUACCGUGAAUGCUGAUCAAGAGGAAACUAAAUUGAAAUUCUUCAAUGCCUUGUACUGGGCGUGUGCGCGCCACCCAGUCUCCCUCGAUGCUUUGACUGCACCUUUGAGCUCUGGAGUGGGAAGCGUUGUUACAGAGCAAUUGGCUGUGAAUUCUCGAGCAGGGCUGUCAGAUGCAGCCGAGUCAGCUGCCAAUGGGAUUUUUUGGCAGAACACAUCAGGCACUCAUGCUGUGACGGAUUUUCCAGCUUGUUUGGACCCUGUCCAAAGGGGCCCUGUUCUAGUCACGAGUGAUCUAAAUGUUCCCUCCGGCUCGUUGAAUGCACAUCGUAAUUCACUCUUUGUUGGUAGUCAAGCACUGACAUUUGCUUCUCCUCGGAAAUUAAGAAAGUCAAGAUUUGUCUAUGGCCAACCGAAGGAUGUGCCAGUUGGAACGUGGUGGUUGACUCGUGUGGAAUGCUCUAGAGCUGGUGUUCAUUGCCCGACUAUGGGCGGUAUCCAUGGUGGUCCCAGAGGAGCUUAUUCGAUUUGUAUGUCUGGAGGUUACGAAAAUGUUGACAAUUUGUACGAUUUCUGGUAUUGCGGGGAAGGUGGACGCGAUCCCAAGAAAAGUAAUGUGAAGGCAAAGGAUCAAACAAAAGACAUGGUAUGGACGAGGAAUAACGUGUCUCUCAGGGAAAGCUAUCUGACUGGUAAUGCUGUUCGGGUGGUCCGCGGUUUUUUGAAGAACAAACAAAAGGCUCAGUCCGUGAGUUACAAUCCUCCUGUUGGCUACAGAUAUGAUGGAUUGUAUCAAGUUACCGAAUACGAAGAAAUUCGUGGAGCCCAUGGAUUCGUUGUGAUUCGUUAUCAUUUUGUCCGACUUCAGGGGCAGGAAACGCUGGAAUUGUGAAUGAUUUGAGGAGUCCGUGAUUUGUUUUCUUUUUAUUCGCGCCUUGUCGUCGGAAAGCUCGUCAUCGUCCAACUUAUGCUAUCAAUUUUUUUUUAAAUUCCACACUCCAAAGGUCGAGGGAAACGGAUGAGUCUCGUGAAAGUUAAGUUGAACGCUGUGCGUGACGGAUAGAGUACAACUGAUUUACGUAAUUUGAAAAGGUUGGGGCUCUUUUGAAUUAUGUCGUUGAAUAGAAAAUCGAACCGAAGAAUACAUAUGAUUCGGGAAAUGCUUGUAAUAUUUUGACAAUGCCGGUGCAAUUUUUUCACGUCAAUACGAAAAGAGUUCAGUUAUGGUC